UUUAUAGCAUUAAUAACAUGAAAAAAUGUCAGCGGAAAAACAAGAUGGCGCCACUAACCUUUCUCGAGACGAGAUGGUACUCAACUUAGAAGUAAUGAAAAUAUUACGUCCUAAAACUUGUCAACUGGAAAACUUAAAAGCGCAGAUUUUAAACGAAAUUGAAACUUUUCACCAAGAAGAGAAGAACUUGUUGGACAGUUCGAACGAGGUAGAAGUUUUGCAAAGGGAGCGUUUACUGCAUGUUAAAGCGAUCGAAGCAAUUGAUGCAGAUGUUAGCAAGCUUCGAACUAUGAUGAAACACGCGAAAAAUGAUUUGGAAAAUUCCAAAGUGAAAACACAAGAGUUGGUCGAUUUGUAUAAACCAAUGAAAUUAGAAGUGGACCAAACACGAAUCUCCAUCGGCUUAGAUACACUCCCGGAAAUAAAAGACCUGGAAAAAAUCUUCAAAAAAAGAAAAGUGUAGAUCUAGUUAAAUACCGUCGCAAGAUACAACAAAAAAUUAUUUUUCAAGAUUCAUAUUGUUGUAGUUUUUGUAUUUACAAUAAAAAUAUCAGAUGUAUAAAUAAAUUAUUACAAUUCAUUUUAUAAA